AAUAGCUACUUCCGGCUAUAUGUCAAUUUUCGUCGCAUAUUAUCAUUUUCUCUAAUAAAUGUAACAAUUAACAAAAUACAUAAUUUUCAGGAUUUUUUUCUCUCUUGAGAUAUCUUAUCUAAGGAUUUAAAUAUUUGUUGUUUUCUAACACGAACUUGUAGACGUCUGAUGUCGUUGUCAAAUUUGCCAUUUUUUGGUCGAAUUUGUUCACUGAAAGACGCAAGAAAAUACCACCUGUUGCUACCGUGUUUCGACUAUGACAGCUAUGUUAAUGAGGUGUUAUUUCCUCAAGACUUUCAAAGCAAAUAGCUGCAGUGAUUAUUUCAGUUCUACAACUCUGUAAACACGCUUGGGACACCAUUUCUUCAAGCAUCCAAACAGAAAUCAGAUUUUGCAAUUGGCAGCCAUGGAAUUUAAAUUAAAUUUGUUGAACAGAAAAUGUUUGAGAGAAAUAAAUGAAAAUAUUGGUGCAAGAUUUGUGCGAGAACAGCAGGUUACAAGUACCCUUAUUAAACGUCUUGGUCUAGAAGAUGAACUGGAAGGACAUAUUGGUUGUGUCAACUGUCUGGAAUGGAAUGAUAAAGGAAGUUUACUGGCAAGUGGUUCAGAUGAUACACAGGUUAUCAUCUGGGAUCCAUUCAGAAAGAAGAAAUUAACCAGUAUACAGACUGGGCACCAUGGAAAUAUAUUCUCUGUAAAGUUUUUGCCUAGUUCAAAUGACAAUAUUGUUGUAAGCGGAGCUGCAGAUAGUAAGAUCCGAGUACAUGACAUAGAGGGCAAGGAAACUACACAUGUAUUCGCUUGUCAUGCCAGCAGAGUUAAACGUAUUGCCACGGCACCAAAAGUACCCUUCAUGUUUUGGAGUUCAGCAGAAGAUGGAUGUGUGAUGCAAUUUGAUCUCCGAUGUCCCGAACUGUGCCACUCUAACAGCAAGAAUGUUUUGAUCAACUUGGAUUCACAUGUUGGCGGACAAGCAGAGUUUAAAUGUAUUGCUAUUAACCCAGCACGACCAGAACUGAUGGCUGUUGGAGCCAAUGAUCCGUAUGUCCGUGUGUAUGACAGAAGAAUGUUAACAUGUCAAAGUUUAAAAAUGUCUGAUGACGGCCACCAGAGAUUUUCCUCCACAGAAGAAUUUCCUCUUCCCCGAGGUUGUGUGGAAUACUAUGUUCCUGGUCAUAUACCUCAGAAGAAAGAUGACUACAGAAAGAAAUUACGGGCCCUUGCUGCCACAUACGUAACAUUUAGUCCAGAUGGCACUGAAUUACUCGCAAAUCUCGGUGGAGAACAGAUUUACCUGUUUGAUGUCAAUAAGAAGCGAAGAAUACAGAAAUUUGAUAUAUCAAUGGUACUGUCAUCUAAUGGCAUAGUAAAAGAGUCUUGUCAUGCUAGUGUGAAUGGAUAUAGUACAUAUCGUAAUGGGUCGACAACAAAUGGAGUUGUUACUAACGGCAUGAGCAAACAUUUACAUGAAUCCGUCCAGGGUGCUCAUCCUGCAGCUCAUGGAGACCAUGAAAAACCAGCAGCUAAAAAGCACAAAUUAGAAAAGAAACCUUUACCACCAAUGGUAGAGAGCUUGAAGAAGAAAGCAAAUGCAUAUUUCGAGAAGGAGCAGUACACCAAAGCUAUCAUUCUGUACAAUCAGGCCAUAGCACGUGCACCACAUGCCUCUAUGCUGUAUGGCAAUAGAGCAGCAGCGUUCAUGAAGAGGAAAUGGGAUGGUGAUAUGUAUGCAGCUCUGCGAGACUGUCAUAAUGCUUUACGACUGGACCUCAAUCAUCUUAAGGCUCAUUUCAGACUUGCUAAGUGUCUUAAUGAACUUUCUUGGUGUAAAGAGGCAUUUGAGUGUCUAAAUCACUUUAAAAAUAAGUUCCCUGAUUAUGCAACAUCUCGGGCCUGUGAACAGCUUGAUAAAGACAUAAGGGCAGCUAUAUUUGCAAAAACUGAAAGUGAAGAUAGCAGUAAGGGCAGUAAAACGUGCGGGACAGAAUUCUUCCAAACAAAAACUCAGCCGUCGGAACUAGAACAGAUAUGGCGGGCAGAAGCAAAUGAUUACGAAGCCCGCUUCUGUGGUCACUGCAACACAACUACAGACAUUAAAGAAGCAAACUUUUUUGGAAGUAAUGGACAGUAUAUAGUAGCAGGCUCAGAUGACGGGUCAUUCUUUAUUUGGGAGAAAUGUACAUCGAACAUUGUGCGCGUAUUACGAGGUGAUGAGUCUAUAGUCAAUUGUCUACAGCCACACCCGUCUCAUUGUCUCCUAGCAACCAGCGGUAUUGAUCCGGUAGUGAGAUUAUGGAGUCCACAACCAGAGGAUGGGAAGAAAAAUGAUCGUGAAGUGGACAAUUCGGAUGAUGCAGCACUUGCCAACCAAAAAAGAAUGAAUGCUGACCCUCUAGAGGUCAUGUUAAUGAACAUGGGAUAUAGAUUGAGUAGCGUAGAUGAUGGUGAUGGUGACGGGGAUAGACGUGGCAGUGAAGCUCAGGUCACGUGUCCGACAAGUUGAAGAAUGGACAUUGAGGCAUAAGUCAUUUUUUCUGCGACAGUGGAAGGGACACUGAAAACUCAUUGUGUUAGACGAAAAUGACUGUGUUAUAAUAAUGAUAUUUUAUAUCUAUGACAUCUUUUAAAGAUGGAAACAACCCAUACCUAGUAUGGUGUUGUAAUAUUCAGAAUGCUUGUACACACAUAAUAUGCCUGGUGUAUGUAGUGUGUAACAGAGUGCUCAUACCUGUGAAUUUUUUGUAUAAACACAAUAUGCCUGGUAUAGUGUAGUGUUUUACAAACUGAUAGUGCAUAUGCAUGAGUCGUAUACACACAAUAUGCCUGGUGUAUGUAGUGUGUAGCAAACUGAUAGCACAUGUGCAUGAGUUGUACACAUAUGAUAUGCUGGGUGUAUAUAGUGUGUAACAAAAUGCUCAUGCCAGUGCAUGAGUUGUACACACACAAUAUACCUGGAUGUGUAGUAUGUAUCCAACUGAUUGCAUGUGAGUUGUUCACACAUGAUAUGCUGGGUGUAUAUAGUGUGUAACAAAAUGCUCAUGCCAGUGCAUGUGUUGUACACACACAAUAUGCCAGAUAUGGUUAUGUGUAUAAAAAACUGUGUUCAAGUUUCAGAUGCAUACAGUAUGCCUGGUAUAUGAAGUGUGUAAAGGACUGAUAGUACAUGUGUAUGUGUUAUACACAAUAUGCCAGUAUAUGUAGAGUGACUUAACAAAAUUGAUUUUAGCUUCCUAUUAUGAUAUAAAACCCCAAGGCUUGCCUUGUUUGUCACAGUGGUUAGUGGGAUUGUUAUUUCAGUAUAAAGAUGAAUAUUUGAUCAGCAUUAUACAAGAUACAGAACAGUAUACUGAUAGGUUACUGGAAGUAAUACUUACUUUGUGAUGUGGAUUAGAAACAAAACCCAUGUAAGACAUGAGAAAGCUGUAUGAGUAGUUACAUUGUUUAAGUCCAUAUUUCAAUAUCUGUUAAUAUAAUCAGUCUGAAUGGCUUAGCUGAGACGUUCACACUUUGAUAGACCAUGUUAGCUCACCUAAGCCAAAAGCUUAUGGUGAGCUUUUGUGACCGCUCAAUGUCUGUCGUGUCACCCAUCGUGUGUCCGUCAACAUUUUCUAAAAAGAUCUUCUUGAAAACCACUAGGCAGAAUUGCACCAAACUUUACAGGAAUGAUCCUUGGUUGGCCCCUUUUCAAAACUAUUCAAAGAAUUGAAUUCCAUGCAGAACUCGGGUUGCCAUGGCAACCGAAAGGAAAAACUUUAGAAAUGUUCUUGUCCAAAACCCCAAGGCGUAGAGCCUUGAUAUUUGGCCUGUGAUAUCAUCUAAUGAUCCUCAAUGAAGAUUGUUCAAAUUGUGCCCCUGGGGUUAAAAGAGGCCCUGCCCCAGGGGGUCCCAAGUUUUACAUGGACUUGUAUAGGAAAAAACUUUAAAAAUCUUCUUGUCUGAAACCACAAGACCUAGGCCUUUGAUAUUUGAUAUGAAGCAUUGCCUUGUAGUCCACUAUCAAGAUUGUUCAAAUUAUUACCCUGGGGUGAAAAGAGGCCCUGCCUGGGUCUCUAGUUUUACAUAUACUUAUAUAGGAAAAAACUUUAAAAAUCUUCUUGCCUGGAACUGCAAGGCAUAGGGUUUUGAUAUUUGGUAUGUUUACAUUGCCUAAUGUUCCUCUACCAAAAUUAUUCAAAUUAUGCCCCUGGGGUGAAAAGAGGCCCUGCCCUGGGGGUCCCAAGUUUAACAUGACUUGUAUAGGAUUUUUUAAAAGAAAUAUUCUUGUCUGAAAGUCUAAGGCUUAGGCCUUUGUUAUUUCGUAUGUAGCAUUGCCUAGUGGAUCUCCAACUUUUGUUCAAAUUAUACCCUAGGGUGAAAAGAGGCCCUGCCCUGGGGGUCACUUGUUGUAUCAGUAAUAUAGGGAAGAUACUUCAAAAAUUAUCAGGUCAUAUUUCCUAGACUGUUAAGUUAUAAUUACCUGAUGACCCCAAAUGAUUUGGGGUCACCCAACCGAGAUAUCGACCUACUAACCAACUUUCUUGUUUUUUAAAAUACAGCCUUGAAAUUUGGAUGACAUGUACAGUUUUGUACACCGAUCUUAAAACUGACUUUCAGUGACCAUGGAUGUGACCUACUUUCUUAAUAUUUUAGCAUCAGUUUGAUAUUUGAAACAUGUAGCUCAUAUUACUCAGGUGAGCGAUCCAGGGUCAUCAUGACCCUCUUGUUUUAGAUUUAGACAGCAGUAAAAUUAGAAAAACAGUGUUCACUUUCUUAAUACUGAAUCAAACUUAUAAUUAUACAGGUCAGUAAGAGGAAGUGCAGUAACUAAACCAUAACUCAAAAUGGUCCCAUUUUUAAUUAUCUCCCUUUGUGUUAGAAAGUUUAUCUUAACUAUAAGUGUGAUGAUCAUGGUUUUGAUUCAAAAUAUUAUUUUUGUGUUUAUUGAGCUACCCUAGUUUUGUUCCUUCAUAAUCUAAAACAAAACUUGAUUUCUGGUCCACUUGUUUUCUCCAAACAUUUUGAUUCAAGAAAGGUGAUUAAUAUCUGAACAUUAACAGUAAUAAAAACAAGUUUUUGUUCAAGUGGAACAAUAUCUGUUUCGGUGCAAGAAUUGAUUUUUUUCAGGAAUCAAGGACAGAGAAAGAUAUAAUCCACUUUUUAGUUUGAUGAUGAGUUUGCAGACAAAAUCUACCUUUGAUGGUUUUUUUUAUAAAAAUACAGUAAUUAUAAAAAUUCAUACUUUUGUUGAAAAUAUUACGGCUAAGUAUGUUGAUGAUAAUCUUUUUUUAAUUUAAUUUAUGGAAAAUCAAGAACUUUUUGGAAAAUUUAAAAUAAAAAUACAGUGAAAUAGUCUCGCUUAGAGCACCGAUAGCUUGAGCACCUAUGCUCCCUUGGGCUAUCAAAUUAGUCUCUAGCUAAUUUCCUGAUAUUUUCUUUAUUUGGAUAGAUCAAAACCCUGGGUAAUGGAAGAAUUUUGUUCAUCCCCUUGUGACUUUUAGUAACCAGUAUUUUAAUGUAUUAUAAGUCUAAUUGUAUGCAUCUUGGUUUGUCCUUGUUUUACAGUUAUCCAGGAUUGUCUUGUUGUUAUGCUAAUCCAAUACUUAUUAUAGGGUGUUACAUUGAUUUUCUGUGAUAUUUUGUUAGAAUUGUUAUAUAAGGAGGAAUUACACUUUUGUUGACUUAACACAAUUGAUAAUUGUAGCGCUAGUUUUAAACCCUUAUCACGCUGGACACGAUUGAUUCUGCCUUUGCGACCAGUGUAGAUCAUAAUCAGCCUGCACAUCCAUGCAGCUUGAUCAUGAUCUGCACUGUUCGCCAUUCAGUCAGUACCUUUUUGGUAUUCACCCCUUUUAACAGUUAAUGGUACUGUCCAAACUGAAAGACGGACAAGUUCAUUAUAGAAAUUUAGCAGGGUAAGUGUUAAAACUUCAAAUAUAACUCUAAACAGUUUUACCAGCAAUGCAUGUUUAAUACUAAAUUUUAAAUUAAGUUACAAUGUAAGUUAAAAAAUUCAGCAAUGAAAUGAUGAAUCAACUUGAAUUUUCGAGCACCCUUUAUAGUAAUUUUAUAGACAGUUAUAGUCAUUGAGUACCCAGCACUCGUAAAGUAUUUCUUAUGCAUGGUAUAAGGGGAGAUAUACAUUCUCUGUGCUGGGUUUGUUUAUACAGAGAUGCAAAGUUGUUUUAUGGUAAAUUAAUUUGACAAGUUGAACUGUUUAUGGAGUAUUCAGUAAUGUUGCGACUUAUUAGCCCAAAAGGCCCAUGCCUGAACAUGCGUUUUACAAGAAUGGUUCUUCUUAUUUAUAUUUUUAAAAUGGGUUAUAGCUUCCAAUAUAGGUCAAAGUGCUUCGGGGCUAAUCUAUUGUUAAAUCUUUGCUGGGAGUACAUGUUCCCUGACCCCUAAAUUUUGUUGGUACAUAUAUGCCUGCAUUUUCAUUUGUAGGGGCAGACUAUGCACCUUGUAUGAGGUGUGAGUGUUACACAGGGUGUGCUGUCAUGGGAUAUGAAGUUUAGUUCACAUGUUCCCCCAUCUGAAUUUGUUCAACUGUUUCUUCAUUGGAGAAAGUAUGCAAGUAGAUAACAAAAUAGAAUAAUAAAUUGUCAAUUUUUUCUUUGUCUUUCACUGCAAUACUUAAAAUAUACAACAAAUAGCCUUUUUGUUUUGAAAAAAUGAAUAUUUAUUAUGUUAAUUUAUGAAUACAGGAAGAGUAGAAUGUAUGUAAAUCUAACUUAAAGGGUUGGUUAUGUUGUUUAAUUUUGAACAGUGGAAUGGUACUCUAAAAUGCCUAUAUGCUGUGGUAACUAAUUUAGAACAUUCAGUUAAGACUUGUUGGGAUGCGUCCUACCUCUGUAGCACAAUGCUUUUAUGUUGUACUGGUGUGUUUACCGUAAUGAAAAUUAAAAAUUUUGGUGUUUUUACAACAAAACAGUAAAUACAACAAAAGGAAUCAUUCUGUUUCUUUAUUUGUGUUUUAUGUUUCAUUGUGAUGCGUCGAUAAAUUGGCAUUUGUAUCAGGAACAAAAUAUGCUAAUUAAGUUCUACCUACUCAAAUGCGACAGAAUGAAAUGUCCCAAAUAAGUCACCAUGGUAUAUAGUAUAUAAGAAACAUGUCCAAAACAACUUGAUCAAGUUGCUUUCUGCAUGUAAAAAUGAGCUUUCCAGUAUAAAAAGAUAUGAAAGUUUAACAUUAUAUAGGGAAGGUUUUUGUUUCCCCAUGAUACUGAACAAGAUGUUUCCACAGUCACCAUGUGGUUCUGGGACGAUCUAUGUACGAAAAGAAUUGGAACCACUGCCUUACCCUUGCAUGAUAGUAAGAGGCGACUUAUAGGCUCUUAACACUUGGUUUUGCUGUAACUCUGUGAUUCCAGCAGGUAUACACAUUUUGAUUCCAUACCUCAUGUUUUUAUUUCGAUGUAAAUGAGAUGUGAAACCAAAAUUUGUAGUCCUGUUUGGCGCCAUAUAACCAAUACUGUGUUGGUGCGCCGUAAAACCCAAAUAAAUAAAUAAAUCCACAGUCACACUUCUGGCCAUCACUUUAAACAAUACUAUGACCCUUUUUCACAUAGAAAUUUGGUGAAAGUAUAGCAUGUAAGCAGGUUUCUGAGAAGUAUUGUACUGUAUGCUUUCAGACUCCGCAUAAAUCUUUGGCAUCUUUAGCUAAUCUCAGACUUCAGUUUACAAAAUUAUACCCCAUUUUCAACUUCAUAAAAUGCCUAAGCUUUUGUGUGUAAAAUAGUAUUACGUUGAAGGGUUUUAAGAUGUGGAGCAUGCUGUCAUAAGACAGCUCUUGUUAUUUCUUGUUAAACAGUUGUAUCAUUUUAUCAUGUAACUAAUUAUUGUAAAAUUGAUUUGUUUUAGUUUGGAUAAUAUUUUAUUUUUGUAAGGAGACAUAACAACUUGAAAAACAGACAUAAUCAGUAUGAACGUCCCAUAUAUGUAUACAUGUAUCUUACACUUUUUUGAUGAUAGUUGGUUACAAUUUUGGAAAUGGUUUGAAAAUUUGGUCAUAAGAUAAAACAGUGUAUCAGAUUUUAUAAUUUACUGUGAUUAUUAUCUCCCUUUCAUUUUAAAGUUAUUAAAAAUGUAAAAAAAAAGCACUUUCAGUUUGUUGAUCUUACAAAGCUCUUAUAUUUUUGUAACAUUAACUACGAUAUAGUAUAUUUUCCAUUGAAAUAUAUAUAGAUUUUCACCCUUGCAUCAAAUCACUGAGCAUUGUUAAGUUGGCGUGGUAAUUCUGGUGUAUUUUCUGUUGACCUCAAUAGUACUCCAUACUUUGAGCCCUACUUGUUAUGAUACUGAUUAUGUAUGUGAAGAUUUUUUUAUCUGUUUAAGAGAAGUUCAAUCCUGUUUAUGCUUUGAACUAGAAUAAAUUGCUUUGAUAAUCA